GUCCAAUUCAGUCAACCAACUAGUUGAUCUAGUUAAUGCAGCAAAUCACAAUAAACAACAAUAAACAACACGUGUGACAGAAAAUAAUAUAAACAUUCAGCUUUGCAGUAUAAACAAAAAUGGAAACAAUUACUGAAGGUAUUGUUGAUAAUUUGAUGAAGAAGAUAUGGAAAUUGGAGAAAUAUCAACAACACAAUCAUAUUCAAAUAGGCUUGAUAUUGAUAAUAAUAAAAUAUCAUCACAUACACCAGUAACAACAAUAACAACAACAAUAAGUGGUUUAAAAAAUUUACGUGGACGUAAAAAUUUAUUAAAAGAUAAUUAUCAUCAAUCAUCGUCGUCGUCGUCGUCAGCAACAGCAGCAGUAAUAACACCACCAUCAACAACAUCGUCAUCAUCAAAAACAACACCACCAAGAUCAUUUGAACGUGUUACUUUUAAAACUUAUCACGAUGAUGAUGAUGAAGAUGAGGAUGAAGAGGAUGAAGACGAAGAUGAUGAAGAAAUACGUAUGAAACAAAAAAAUAUACAUAAAAAUUAUCCUACUGGACGUAAAGUACCUACAAUAACAUCAACAAUAACAAAUAAUAUUAUAAAUAAUAAACAAAAUGAUAAUGUCUAUCAAUCAGUUAUAACUGAACAUGUUAGUUCAUUUCCACAAUUGAAUACAAUAAAUUCAAAUCAAGAACAAUCAUCAUCAAUAAUUGAUAAUUAUAUAAUGUCAUCAUCAACAAAUAAUAAAACAACAUCAUCAACAACAACAAUAACAACAACCACAACACCAUCAUCAUUAUCAAUGAAUAAAAAUCAUGAUCCCCUUGAUUUAUCUGAUAUAACAAAUCCAACAACAAGUAAUGAAACAAAAAGUUUUCAAUCAAUGAAUAAUAAAAUAAUAAAUAAUAUACCAAAUAGUGAUCUUCUUAAUAUUAAUGAAGAUGCACACUCAUGUCCAUUAUCAAAUGUAUUUGAAUUUGAUGGUUUACAAAUAUUAGUACCAAGUACAUUUAUAAGUGAAUCAUCACAAAAAGCAAUAAGUGCAACAAGUCAACAAUCAAUGGCAAGUAGUGAAGGUGGUGGUGGUGUUGGUAUUGAUGAAGAAAUUAAAAGUGUUAAUAUGAGAGCUGAUGAAACAAUGCCACCAAGAGGUGAAUUAUCAGAACAAGAAAGUAAUGGUUGUACUGAUUCAGCUUGGCAGUUAUAUGUUGGACAAGAAUCAUCACGUAUGUCAACAUCAUAUGAUUUAAUGGCACGUGAAAGUUGGGAAGAAUCAGAAGGUAGUGAUAAUGAAACUGGUGUACCAUUAUUAGAUAGUAGAUCAUUAGCUGGACAUUUUACAUCAAGUUUAUUUCUUGAUGGUGAUCGUAAAAUCCCAACAAAACAACGUACAUUUAAAUGUUCACAAUGUAAUGAAAUAUUUGAUUGUCCAAAAGAACGUCGUGUGCAUAGUACAACUGUCCACAAAGAAGCUGGACCAAGUAAUAGUAGUAGUAGUAAUUCAGGUACAUUAGAAAUAAAUGAUAGUAAAGAUAUUAAAUUACUUGAUAGAAGAAUGAAUGCAUUUGAAGAUAUAUUUGUACCUGGUGGUAUUGAUACAAAUCAAAAUACAAAUCAAGGACAACCAUUAUUACAUCAAAUGCAACCACCACCUCAACAACAAGAACAACAAUGUUAUCAACAACAGCAACAACAACAAAUACACCAACUUCAGUAUCAACAACAGCAGCAACAGCAACAACAGCUGCUGUUGCAACAACAACAACAACAUUAUCCAUUACAAUCGUCACAAUUAUUAAUUCUUGAUAAUACUAAACAUGAAGACAAUGAUGAAAAACCAGAUAUUAUUAUACCACAAAAUGCUGAGAUAUCAUGUGUAAUUUGUAGUCAAAAAUUUACAUCUGAACGUUCAUUACAAAUACAUAAUAAACGUGUACAUAAUACUGAAGUUGCAAAACGUUUACAUGACAUAUCAAAAUGUCAAAUAUGUAAUGAAGAAUUUCCAUCAGUUGUUACAUUUAAUUUACAUUUAAAAGAACAUCCACUUGAAUGUGCACAAUGUGGUAAAUAUUUUUAUCGUAAACAAAAUUUUAAAUUACAUAUGAAACGUCAUUUAGGCAUUAAACCAUUUCCUUGUACAGUAUGUGAUAAAGCAUUUUUAACAAAACAAAAACUUGAUGAACAUAUGAAUGGACAUACUGGUAAUGCACCAGUUAAAUGUAAUUUAUGUAAUGAAACAUUUAGAAGAUAUUCAAAUUUAACACAACAUAAGAAUCGUCAUCAAUAUAAAUUAUUUAAAUUAAAUUUAAAUAUUAAAAAAAAGCUAAAAGAUUUUAUUAGUCAUUGUGGUGAAGUAUUUCAUACUAAAAAAAAAUUAGCAUGGCAUAAAGAAACACAUGAUGAAAAAACAAAAUCAUGUACAUUUUGUAGUGAAAAAUUUAUUCAUAUGGAAUUGGUGGGUCUUGUUUUAAAUAGACCUACUUCAAUUUAA